CAGAAGGACGAAAACGACUCUACGAAUCGGUCCACAGUUGACAUUAACGCCUUGGCUCAAGCUCAGUGUUGUCCGCGAGCUCGGUGUGUUCGGUGUUCUUCAGCCACACUCCCAGCCAUGGCGCCACGAGAAGUCCAGGCGGUCCUCAGGCCCACGCCCACCCCGCCGUCCACGCUGCCGGGGCUGUGGAAGUACCCCAGCCACCGGCAGGCCGAGGGCGCCGUCACGGGGGAGGGCUACUUGGACAGCAGGCGCGUGGACGACGGCGCGGAGGGCCUGUGGCGGGUGCACGACAAGCUGUACGACCUGACCAAGUUCGUGGACAAGCACCCGGGCGGCGCCCACUGGCUGCGCCGCACCAAGGGCAUGGACGUGACCGAGGCCUUCGAGAGCCACCACAUCGUGGUGGAGCACGCGGCCCGCGUCCUGGCCAAGUACGAGGUGCGGGACGCGGCGGAGCGCCGCAACUCGCCGUACACGUUCCACGAUAACGGCUUCUACCGCACCCUCAAGCGGCGCGCCGUGCCCGUGCUGGCCGCCACGCCCGACCCGGGCUUCGCGCCGCGCUUCAACGACGCCCUCGUCGCCGCCUCCUUCCUGGCCGUGGCCGCGGCCGCGCGCUGCGGCUGCUUCGCGCUCGCCACCCUCGCCGCGCUCAUCAUCUCCUUCGCCACCGUGUGCGCGCACAACUUCACGCACCGCAGGGACAACUGGAGGAUGUACUACAAGAGCCUCGGCUUCAUGUCACUGUCCGAGUGGCGGGUGAGCCACAUCCUGUCGCACCACCUGUACCCCAACACGCUGAUGGACAUCGAGAUCACCAUGCACGAGCCCCUGCUGCAGUUCUUGCCGACGGCGGAGAAGCCCCUGGUGUUCCGCGUCGCCUCCUUCGUGGCCUUCUUCUUCUACGCCUGCAUCGCCCUGCCCAUGGGCAUGCUGAAUCGUGUGAGGAGGAUGCGUGCUGAGGACUACCUGCCGGCGCUGUACCUGCUCACCAUGUUGGUGGCGGGCGCCCCGCUGUUCCAGUCGCUGUUCAUGUGGCUGUACAUCUGCGUGGUGCACAGCCUCAUCUUCCACUCCAUCGGGCUCACCGCUGCGCACCACCACCCCGACAUCUUCCACGACGGCGACGCCGCGCGCGAGGACCGCGACUGGGGGCUGGGGCAGCUGGACGCGGUGCGCGACCGCGCGGACCACGGCGGCUCCCCGUACCUGGUGCUGACGCAGUACGGCGACCACGCCCUGCACCACCUGUUCCCCACCGUGGACCACUGCCGCCUGCCCGCCCUGUACCCCGUGCUGCGCGAGACGCUGGCCGAGUUCGGCGUGGAGUACCGCUUCACCACGACUUGGGAGCUCUUCAAGGGCGCCUUCCGCCAGCUGGGUCGCACCAGCACCAACCCGGAGGCCCCCGGCAAGGUCAUCGCCCUGGGCGCGCGAUGACAGCAAAGCUUCGCUGUGUUUGUGAGGGUUCAGUUUGAACGAAAUGUAAGUCACCGGCUGAUUUUAAAACUAUUAUUGGACGAAGCGAAAUGAGCAUGUGGGGCCGGAGGCGCUAGUCUCCGCAAGGCGAGGUCUUGCACAAGAUGCCGGGUCGCCGAAGAACCAGUUCGCACGUCUCCGCCCCCAGAGGGGCUUCGGCCGGCCCCGCCGUGACCGCCGCCCCCAACAUGCCCGGCGCGUUGGCGGGCACGAUGGUCCCCGUGCCGCCCGGCUUGUCCUGGCCCGCGUCGCCGCAGCUCGCGCGCAGGUCCUCCUCGAGGCCCAGCUCCCGGAGCAGCGCGUCGACGGCCACCUCGCUCACGUCCACGGUGGGGGCGUGCGACAUCCAGCUCAAGUCGUGCUGCAACCAAGCGCGUCGCGAAACAAUGAACCGCAGCGUCGUUUCGCAACCAAAAAGAAUGUGAUAAAUAAAAGGAAGUUUUGAUUUUGUUA